GUUUCCCAUCCCUGCAGGCUGCUGGUGGGAGCCCCGCAAGCGCCGGCGCUGCCCAGCCAAGCGGCCAACAGGACAGGGGGUCUCUUUGCUUGCCCGCUGACCCCCGAGCCCUCCGACUGCUGGCGGGUGCCCAUUGACGAGGGAGUGGAUCUGCAAAGAGAGAGCAAAGAGAACCAGUGGCUGGGGGUGAGCGUGAAGAGCCAGGGCGCCGGUGGCAAGAUCGUGACCUGUGCCCAUCGGUACGAAGCUCGGAACCGCGUGCAGCAGCCGCUGGAGACGAGGGAUGUGAUCGGGCGCUGCUUCGUGCUGAGCCAGGACCUCAGGGUGCACGACGAGCUGGAUGGUGGAGAGUGGAAGUUCUGCGAAGGGAGGCCGCAGGGCCACGACCGCUUUGGGUUCUGCCAGCAGGGCUUGGCUGCAGCAUUCAGCCCCGAUCAGCACUACGUCCUCUUUGGGGCGCCUGGCACCUAUAAUUGGAAAGGGAACAUGCGUGUGGAGCUGCUAAACCAGAGCUCCCUCGAUCUCCUGCGCUACGACGACGGCCCCUAUGAAGCUGGGGGCGAGAAGGACCAGGACCCCUCGCUCAUCCCCGUGCCCGCCAACAGCUACUUCGGUUUGUUGUUUGUGACAAACAUUGAUAGCUCAGAUCCCGACCAGCUGGUGUACAAAAGCCCAGACCCCAACGAGAAGGUGCCCGGCGCAGCGGGCGAUGUGCCCCAGAAUAGCUACCUGGGAUUCUCAGUGGAUUCGGGUGCAGGGCUGACGCGGCGCCGGGAGCUGAGCUUUGUCAGUGGGGCACCACGUGCCAACCACACGGGUGCUGUGGUCAUCCUGCGCCGUGACAGCGCACACCGCCUGGUGCCCGAGGCUGUGCUGCCUGGAGAGCAGCUCACAUCUGCCUUUGGCUACGCACUGGCAGUGCUGGACCUCAACAGUGAUGGCUGGAUGGACUUGGUGGUGGGGGCCCCCCACUUCUUUGAGCGCAAGGCUGAGAUUGGGGGGGCUGCCUAUGUCUACAUCAACCCUGCGGGGCACUGGGAUGCUGCCACCCCCCUGCGCCUCACCGGCACCCAUGGCUCCAUGUUUGGCAUCGCCCUGGGCUCCGCUGGCGACCUCAAUCUGGAUGGCUUUGAGGACCUGGCUGUGGGAGCCCCGUUUGAUGGUGCUGGCAAGGUGUACAUCUACCAUGGCAGCAAGUUGGGCAUCGUGGUGAAACCGGCUCAGGUGCUGGAUGGGGAAGGUGUUGGGGUGACAACUUUUGGGUACGCGCUCUCUGGGGGGGUUGAUGUGGAUGGGAACCUCUACCCCGACCUGCUCGUUGGCUCCCUGUCUGACACUGUGGUGCUGUACAGAGCCCGUCCAGUGGUCUACAUCUCCCGGAACGUCUCCCUGCUCCCUGCCAACAUCGACCUGGAGCAGAGCAACUGCCAGCACCAGGAGGGCAUCUGCGUGGAUGAGUCUCAAGGAUGCUGGAUUUUGGGACAGGGCUGGUUUUCAGGUGCAGAAAUUUGGGGUGGGGAUGGGGCUGGUUCUGGGUAUCCCAGGGAUGCUGGGGUUUGGGAUGAGCUUGUUCCUUGUGGGCUCAGGGUUUGCUGGGCUUCAGGGCAGGGCAGGUUUCAAGGAUUCUGGGGCCGCUUAGGCUCUGGGAUGGGGCUGGUUCCAGGGGUCUCUGGGGUACUGGAGUUUGAGAUGGCUCCCUGCCCCCAGGACAAGCCGGUGGUGUGCCUUGCCAACCAGAACGGCUCGCAGGUGGAGUGUGAGCUGGGGAACCCCAUGAAACGUGGAGCCCAGGUGCGCUUCUACCUUAUCCUCAGCACUCUGGGCAUCACCCUGCAGACCACCGACCUGGCAGUGGAGCUGGCCCUGUCCACGAUCAGCGAGCAGCCAACCCUGGAGCCCGUGGUGGCCCGGGCGCGUGUGGUCAUCGAGCUGCCCCUCUCGGUGACGGGCGUGGCGGUGCCUCCCCGGCUCUUCUUUGGGGGGACAGUGCGGGGUGAGAGCGCGGUGCGGCGCGAGAGCCAGGUGGGCAGCGCUGUGCUCUUCGAGGUGACGGUGUCCAACCGGGGCCCGUCGCUGAAGACGUUAGGCUCAGCCUUCCUCAACCUGCUGUGGCCACACGAGCUCAGCAAUGGGAAGUGGCUGCUUUACCCGCUGCAGCUGGAGCUGCUGGCUGCACCGGGAUUGCAGACAGUGUGCAGCCCUGCUGCCAAUCCCCUGCGCCUGGCGUUGGAGCCACCGGGAGAGGCUGAGGUCACCGAGGAGCCUGCCGUGGAGUCCUGGUGGGUGCCAGCGCCCGCUGAAAGGAGGAGGAACGUCACACUGGACUGUGCCCAGGGCACUGCACGCUGCAUGGCAUUUCGCUGCCCACUCUACAGCUUCGAGCGCGCUGCUGUGCUGACUGCACGCGGGCGGCUCUGGAACAGCACCUUCCUGGAGGAAUACCUGGCCGUCACCUCGGUGGAGCUGAUUGUGCGCGCCAGCGUCUCGGUGACCUCUUCCAUCAAGAACCUGGUGCUGAAGGAUGCUUCCACGCAGAUCCCUGUCACCAUCUACCUGGACCCCGGCGUGGCUGUGGCUGGCGGUGUGCCCUGGUGGGUCAUCCUGCUGGCUGUGCUGGCCGGAAUCCUGGUCCUGGCACUGCUGAUCUUCAUCCUCUGGAAGCUGGGCUUCUUCCGCCGGGCACGCUACGUGCCGCCGGCCGUGCCACAGUACCAUGCUGUGAAGAUCCCACGGGAGGAGAGGCAGCAGUUCCGCGAGGAGAAGAUGGGCACCAUCCAGAGGAAGGAGUGGGCUGUGAACUGGAGCGAGCCCAGCGAUGGGCACGUCACCCCCAGCUCAGCAUAACCCCAGGGACACCUAUCAUGCUGCUGGACCGCAGGGGGCUGCUGCAUGCGGGACCCCCCCUCUGCUGCUGGCCAUGCCCUGAGGAAGGACUCUCUGGUGACAUUUGGGGAUGCACACAUACGUGUUGCUGUGCAUGCCCGCCCUGGCCGGGCACACUCAGAAUUGCUUGCAAUGGGACAGGGCCACAGGGACAGCUCAGCCCCAGGGCAUGGCUCGUCCCCAAAGGGAUGGCACAGCCCUACAGCUCAGCUCUACAGAGUCAACCCCAUUGUAUGGGAAUGGCUCUGCCCCAAGGGACUGGCUUGUCCCCAAAGGGCACAAGGACAACUCAGCCCUAAGGGAUGGCCCUGCCCUAUAAGCAUGGCUCUGCACCAAAGUGGUGGCUUGUCACAGAGGGCCAGCUCAGCUCCAUUGAACAGGGCAUGUCCCCAAGGGGAUGACAUUUCUCCAAAGCGAUGGCUUUUCCUCAAAGGGUACAGACACAGCUCAGCCCUGUAGGUACGGCCCCAUCCUACGAGCAUGGCUUUAACCCAAAGUGAUGGCUCCUAAAGGGUCAGUUCAGCUCCACGGUACAGGGCUUGUCUCCCAAGUUGCUGGCAUGGCCACACAGGGCUGGCUUGUCCCUAAAGGGACAGAUUGUCCCCCAAAGGACAGCUGUGCCCUAUAGGGACCGCUCAACCCCCCAGGACCAGGGGCAUGGCUCUGCCCUAUUGGGCUGGCACAUCCCUAUGGUGUUGCCGAAUCCCCCAGGGGCUCCUCAGCCCUAAACUGCUGCCUGUGCCCCCCUAGGGACAGCCCAGCCCCACGGCAGUGGCUCAGCCCCACAGGGACACCUCACCCCCCACGCAAGUGCCGCUCUUCCCAAUAAAAGGAGAAGCCCCCACGG